AUGAAUGGAAGAGAUUGUGAUCUUUUCUUAUAUUUUAAGAAUUUAAUCUUCAGAGGAUUUAAAGCACUUCAAGGAUUCGUUGAUGAAUUAAUUAUGAUUAUUGAAAAUAUAAUGUAAGAUAGUGAGUAGCCUUGUUUUGAAAAAUUCGAUAUCAAAGAAUUUAAAGAACGAUUGAAAAAAGAAGCAAAUGAUAAAUCAUUAUAGAAAUAUGUUGAUAGAUUAAUUGAUUACAGUGACAAUAAUUGGAGAACAAUUCAGUAUGAUAAUUUUCAAAGAAUGACUAAUGGAAUAAUGCCUUGA